AUGAAAGAUCGACUUGAGCUGACUCCUUCUGAAGAGCUCAAGGUUACAAGGAUAGAGAAGUGUAAGACGAGGACUUUUAAGGAGCUCGUGACUUCUAAGAAUCUAGCGAAGUACAAUCUUGGUCCUCUAGUGUUUGAAAAGCCUCCAGCUUCUUCCAGAUCUACCUCUUCUGAGGAUGAGGACUUUCCCCUUGCAGUCUACCAAGACCCUAUUGUUAUGAGCUUAACAUUUAGCUUAUUUCUUCUUUUGAUUUAUGUUUCUCCUCGUACCUUACCUUUUUGUCUUUCACAGACCUUGAACUUAUGGCGCCCGAACUGA